CGGUGGUGGGCUGAGUGCAGCACUGACUGCAGAGGAUGAGCUCAGCUGACUGUCUGUGUUGUUAUUAUGCCUCCGGACAGGCGCCGCCAACACCCAAACACAGUGCGACACAACAGGCUCAGCUCAGCGUCUAAUGAGUGAGUGUGCAGGAAGAAACAUGAGUCACGACUGAAGUCUGCGCCAUGUCUGUCAAGAAGGAAACACCCCUGUCUAAUGCUGUGUUUUGGGCAGCGAGGAAGGGGAACCUGGCUCUGCUUCAGCUGCUGCUCAACAGCGGCCGUGUGGACGCAGACUGCAGAGACAGUGUACGAACGCUGCAUGUCCUGGCUGCUCAGCUGCACGCUUUAACCAUAGACAGAGUACGGAACGACAGCGCUGAUGGUGGCGUCGUACAGCGGCCAUUAUGAGUGUGUCAAAGAACUUAUCAUGCAAGGAGCCGACAUCAACUACCAGAGAGAGACCGGUUCUACCGCUCUGUUCUUCGCUUCCCAGCAGGGACACCGUGACGUGGUGAAGCUCCUCUUUGAGUUUGGUGCCUCCACUGAAUUCCAGACAAAGGACGGUGGCACCGCUCUCACCGCCGCCGCUCAGUAUGGACACUCCAAGGUGGUGGACACGCUGCUGAGGAACGGAGCCAAUGUUCACGACCAGCUGCAUGACGGUGCCACGCCUCUGUUCCUCGCUGCCCAGGAGGGUCAUGUGAUGGUGAUACGUCAGUUGCUCACCUCUGGUGCCAAGGUCAAUCAAGCAAGGGAGGAUGGCACUGCCCCCCUGUGGAUGGGGGCUCAGAUGGGUCAUAGUGAGGUGGUGAGGGUGCUGCUCUUGCGAGGUGCAGAUCGAGAUGCUGACCGACAAGAUGGAUCAACAGCGUUAUUUAAAGCGGCUUUAAAAGGACACAGCAGUGUCAUCGAGGAGCUCCUCAAGUUUUCUCCUUCACUCAGCCUUCUCAAGAAUGGCUCCACGGCCCUACAUGCUGCUGUAAUGGGUGGAGAUCUGCGAACCGUUCUGCUGCUGCUCGGGGCCAACGCAGACCCCACACUGCCAAACAAACAUAAUGAACUCCCUGCUGAUCUUGCAAAGAGCGAGCGCAUCCUUAAAGUUUUACGUCCAAGCAUCUUAAACGGAGACAGCUGAUAAUAACCCAGUCUCCUCCCUUCAUGCCUGAACCACACUGAUGUGACAACUCAGUGUCAAAUCUACUCAAACUCAACAUGUACUGUAUGUGGUGCUUGCUUUUGAUUGCUGUCAUAUGUCGAAUAAACCUGGACUAAAUAUUAAGCAACACAA